GUGCUGUCAUUUUCCGGCGCCAGGUUAGCUGGAUCACACGCGUUGCAGCACAGGAAGGUCAUACGGGUUUUGGAAAUGUCUGAAACAUGGCUUUACCCCACAAUCCUGUUGUGUUUUUACGGAUUUUUCUCAAGUCUGAGACCUUCAGAGCCUUUCCUGACAGCAUUUCUAAUGGGACCUGAUAAAAACCUGACUGAGAAAGAGGUAGUCAACAAGAUUUACCCAGUAUGGACCUACUCCUACCUGGUCCUGCUGUUCCCAGUCUUCCUGGCCACCGACUAUCUUCGCUACAAGGCCGUGAUCAUCCUGCAGGGGGCCAGCUUCAUCGUCACCUACGUGAUGCUGGUCCAGGCCCAGGGCGUGCUGUGCAUGCAGAUCCUGGAGUUCUUCUACGGGCUCGCCACAGCAGCAGAGAUCGCCUACUACUCUUACAUCUACAGCGUGGUGGAGUCUGCGCGGUACCAGCAGGUGACCGGUUACUGCAGGAGCAUCACGCUGGUGGGGUCUGCUGUGGGCUCCCUCACCGGGCAGGUCCUGGUGUCCACGGCGCAGAUCCGCUUACUGUAUCUGAACAUUGUGACUUUGGUGUGCAUGAUCGUGGCUUUUCUAGCUCCGUGGUUUCUUCCAGUAGCCAGCAGGAGCUUAUUUUUCCAUCAGCUCCCCGGUCGUCCUGGCAAGGAGGCCAGGGUCGAGCAAGCCCCAGCAGUGCCUCUGGGAGAACUGUACAGAACCGAGCAGGAGGAUCCUGAGUCGAAGGAGCCGCUGAAUCCUAAGAGCUGUCCUCUGCCGGACGGGGAAGCAGAGGCUAGCCGAGCUGGGGGCAAGAGUGUGUCCGAGGUACUGAGGACCGUGUGGCGGGACUUCCUGCAGUGCUAUUCCUCGCAAACUCUGCUGUGCUGGUCUGUUUGGUGGGCGCUGUCCACCUGUGGCUACUACCAGGUGAUCAACUAUGCCCAGGCUCUGUGGGAGAGAGUCCUGCCCUCACAAGACUUUGAGAUCUACAAUGGCUAUGUGGAAACUAUAUCAACCUUAUUAGGUGCGGCGGCAGCCUUUGGGGUGGGCUAUGUGAAAAUCCCCUGGGCAGCGUGGGGAGAGCUGGCCCUCUGCAGCUUCUCAGUGGUCAUUGCCGUGGCUGUGUACCUCAUGGACACUGUCAGGAAUGUGUGGGUGUGCUACACUUCCUACAUUGUCUUCCGGGCUACAUAUAUGCUGCUGAUCACUAUUGCCACGUAUCAGAUUGCAGUAAACCUCAGCAUGGAGCGCUAUGCCCUGGUGUUUGGGGUGAACACGUUCAUUGCCCUUGCGUUGCAGACAGUGCUGACUGUCAUCGUUGUGGACUCCAGUGGCCUGGGAUUGGACAUCUUUGCCCAGUUCCUGAUCUACGCCAGCUACUUUGCAGUGAUUGCUGUCAUUUUCCUGCUAGCGGGAAUUUACCGGAAGCUGGUGCGGUGCCGAAGGCGGCCUCAGUGUCAGGCAGAGAGUGCAGAGACUGAGUCAGACUGUGCCCGAGACACAGAGACUGGAGAAGACGUGAUAAAGCAUCUUUCUGUUCAUGGUGUACAGAGCACAGAAACAGGAUAUGUCUCUGAGAAACACUAGUACCCUCUUUGUGACUUUGACUGCUAACGCAUACAACACAUGCAGGAAGAGUUAUAGUUUCAAAAUUGCCACAUGCCUUUUUCACCGCAGGAAAAGAUGCCUUUUUCUACAUAUGUGUAAAUUAUUUAAAGGUGUUGAUUGUGGGAUAGUGUGUCAGGAUUUGGACCCUUAAGCCUAGAUCAGGGUUUCUCAAUCCUAGUCCUGGAGGUCCACAUCCAAACUGCUGGUUUGUGUUCCAGUUUAGCUCAAUUACAAAUUCAGCCCGAUUUAAUGGUUGGAUUAAAUGUAACCGUUUGAGUAGAAAAAUGAAAAUGUACAAGCGUUCUAAUCAAGCUUCUUGCUAGAUGAAUUAAGGCUUCAGUUAGGUCAUACAGGUCAGAUGGAAUGAAAAGCAUGAGUUGUUUGAACCUCCAGGACAAGCAUUGGGAACCUCUGGCUUAUAUAACACCAUACAAUGUUGCACUAUAUGAUAUUGAGCCUAAAGACAAACUGGGAAGAAUUUGAUCUCUAGGACAGUGCCAGUUUCACUCUAAAAAAACUUCAGAACUGUCGGAUGAGGGCAGACAAUCAUAAAGCACUAAGUAAGAGUAUUAUAACCCUUAUGACCUUGUUUGAUCAUGGAAGAGACUUAAUAUAUGGGAAUCCGAUAACUUGAAAUGGGUUAAAGCACAUUAUGCUGUAUGACGGGGCUGAAGGACUGUUAAAAGACAUGCUACUGUACAUAAGGUAAAACAUACAUAGUUGCAUCACAGUUUUACUUGAGCAAAAUGUACCAAUGAUGGGCCUGAGUUACAGUUUGUUUCUGUGCUUCCUGCCACAGUCUUUCUGGUGUUAUGAAUUUCAAUGUGUAAUACGGCCCAAAAGGCGAAGCCUGGGCUCUUCAGUGACUUGGAAGUACCAGUCCUGUGUUAUAGUUCAGAUGUCACUAGUUCCAGUCUGUCAUGUAAUUAGCUGACCGAGACCAGGUUUCGCCAGGCAGUAGCUGCAACUUGGCUGUGUAGCAGCAAGGCUGGCUGAUCUAAUCAGCCAAAGCACCUUCAGUCUGGGGAGCAACACCAAAUCCUGGGAUUGUCCAAGCAGGCCCUAAUCCUCCAGCACUGUCAGCGGGAGCUGCAGGCUGUGGCACCUCUUCCAUGGGGCACUGCAGAACUCAUAGCCUGUGGUGUCACCUGGGUGUCAGGGGAGCCCAGGCCUCAGUUUUCCCAGGCAGUACAGGGGUUACAGCAGCAAUUCAAGCUGAUAAACAAUGGGCAGUCUCAAACUAGGAGGUUAUAAAAAUUGAAAAGUACAUGAUGAAUCCAGAUUUUUAAAAAUCUGCGUGAUAGACUCAUGGCAGUUUUUUAUUUGGUAAUGGAUUAUGUUUGUUUUGUUCUGGUGAAAUCAGAAUACAGUACUUGUAUCUCAUGCUUAUAUUGGUGCAAAUCCAAACCUGGUUCCUGGUUUUUAUGUACAUAAGGCAACUGAAUUAUGAUGUUCAGACACUGAACUGCUGUCUCGUGUGUUAUAAAAUCAUUUCUAUUUUUGUAAAUUGCAUUGAAGUGUGAAUAAAAUAUUUUUUGGGAUCUCAUAAUAUUUAAAAAUA